AUGGCUCUCCCGGAUAGCGUCGUACCGAAGCUUCGGCUUGACGGCUCUAAUCACUUUCAUUGGGAAAAGGCCUACAAGCUCUACGCCAAAUCACAAGGUUAUCAUGGCCUACUUGACGGCACAUGGGAGGAACCUGAGGUCAACAAAGGCGACACUCUGAUCACGCCUAGGACGAUCAACACUACAUACCCAGACCAAGCGUCACUGCUCCAGGCCCAGGAAGAGGUCAAAGAACACAACAAGGCCGUUGAGGAACAAUACGUUGAAGAGUGGAAGCAGCGUCGACGAUGGGAAGCCGCGUCAGCUGCCCUCGGCCUAGUGCUUCUCUCCACUGUCCCUCAGUCUCUCUAUGAGAGCAUCAGCGACUUGCCAGAUAUUGCUGAUCAGUUCAACACCAUCGUCGGUCGAUUCAGAGACCAGGGCGUCACAGAGUGCUCUAUUUGGGCUGAUUUCUUCAAACUGCGCGCUCAUGAGUGCAAUACCACCAUCACAUUCGUCGACAAGUUCAAGGCAGGACUUGCCAAGCUCACUCAGAUAAAGGACUGCAAGCUCUCUGACAGACAAGCCGUCUAU